AUGCAGUACACCAAGAUCCUGGCUGUGGCCACCCUCUUCAUCUCCAGUGCCUUUGCUGCCCCGCUAGACGUUGAAGCUCGCGCAUGUGCCGCGACUUGCGGUACAGUCUGCUACACUAGCAGUGCCAUCAGCGCCGCCCAGGAAGCGGGAUACGAUCUCUACAGCACGAAUGACGAUGUCUCCAACUACCCGCACGAGUACCACAACUAUGAAGGGUUCGACUUCCCCGUUUCGGGAACCUACUACGAAUUCCCCAUUCUCAGGAGUGGCAAGGUCUAUACUGGUAGCUCCCCUGGUGCGGACCGUGUUAUUUUCAACGACGAUGACCAGCUCGCUGGCGUUAUUACUCACACUGGUGCUAGUGGCAACAACUUUGUGGGAUGUACCUAA